AGAUUUUCUCCCGAAAAACUACGAAUAAUUAUUACGAUUAUCGCAAAAUUGAACACGAAAAUCAUUACAAAAUCUUUUAUUAUUAACAAUAGUGAUAAUAAUAAAAUUGUUGUUUCAUCCAAAUGUAUUUUGAUACCAGUGUACUAUCGUACAUUUGAGACGUUCCUUUUACCGGGAAGGUGAGGCUGUUAUUCCAAAUUCGCCAUGUUUUUUCGACCAUGACAGUCGAACAGUCGGCUCUUCCACCAGAUACACAGAAGGUGCGAGAGCGACUUGAACAAGAUUUUGCCCAAAUAAGGGAGUUUACAGGGGUAGGAGAUCCCAAAAUAAUCAACAAGGCUAUCCAGACAUGCACGUCCUCUGCUGGACAAUACAAUGUAGAGGACGUCAUUAAUAUGCUUUUACCAGAUAGUAACAAACAACAAAUGGCAGUGAUACCGAGUACCGUGACUGCUCUAGCGGAGGGUGGGGAGCAGACUGCAGGUAACAAACCACCUCCUCAAACUGAGACCAGCGCAACUCAAGGUUCUGAGGCUGCAGCUGGGAAUGACAGCAUUGAAAAUGAUGAUAUUCAAAAAGCCAUUGAAGCAAGCUUGCAAGAAUCGCAGGGAAUUCUGGGAGGUCAGAUCCUCUCUCGGGAAGAACAGGACAUAAGCAGGAUUCUUGAACAGAGUAUGCUAGAAACAAAGGCUGGGAUCAAGAGGAAAAGAGGGGAUAUUUGGUUUGUUGACCCAUUGAACCCUCACGAGCGUAAACGAGAUGAUAAUUGCCCCGUUGGUUUGAAGAAUGUUGGAAAUACAUGCUGGUUUAGUGCAGUUGUCCAGUGCUUGUUCCAAAUACCAAAAUUCCGACACUUGGUUUUAAAUUUUGUGGCUCCUACAGACCUUUCUCAGGGUAGCACCCAGGAAAGACGCAACCUUUUGUUCAUGCAGGAGUUGCGUCAGUUGUUUGCUUUGAUGAUUGGCUCUAAGAGGAAGUACGUGGAUCCAUCUAAAGCUGUGGAGAUUCUCAAAGAAGCCUUCACUUCUACCAGCUCAGCAGGGGCUUCUGACUGUCAACAGGAUGUUAGUGAGUUCCAACAUAAACUCUUAGAGUGGUUAGAAGAUGCGUUCAAGUCAGAUCGUUCCCGACCCUCUUCCCCAGCAGAGAGCCCCAGCACUGCUGGAGAGACAUCUAAUCCCACCAGCCACAACCCCAUGGUGGAUCUCUUCUAUGGUCAAUUCAGGUGUGAGGGAAUGUACGAAGGAAAUGACUUCUCGAAGCAAGAGACAUUUGGACAAUACCCAUUAAGUGUGAAUGGCUUUAAGGAUGUACAUGAGAGUCUAGAAGCUGCAACUGCACAACUUGAAAUUGAGACUGUCAAUGGUGGCAUUGGAGACAAUAAAAAGAACACAUAUCAAGAGCAAUGGUUUACCAGGCUGCCCCCUGUUCUCACAUUUGAGCUUUCACGUUUCAAAUUUAACACAGCUUUAGGCAGACCAGAGAAGAUCCACAACAAACUCUCUUUCCCUGAGACCAUAUACAUGGAUAGGUAUAUGGAGGGAAAUAAAGGAAUCACUAGGCAGAGAAGGGAGGAAGUGAAAAGCCUUAAAGAGCAACUACUUCAGCUACAAACCAAAUUAGACAAGUUUACUAAUUAUGGCUCUGGACCCAAAAGGUUCCCACUCCAAGAUGUGUUGCAGUAUGCUUUAGAGUUUGCACAGUCAAAUAAAGAAGGAGAAUCAUCGCCGUCAAAGUCUGAAGCUUUGCCAUCGACACCCCCUAAUGUAGAUAAAGACCAGGAUGUUGAUAUGGAUUCUCCGCAGUCAUCAUCAAGUAUGCAGACAGAUUCUCCUGGUGUUACACCUACAAAACAACCAGCCCCUCAUCCUGAUGUUGUCAUGACAACUCCCACCCCCAAGUCGCCACCAUUUAGUAGAAAUAUGCCCCUUGUGUUCCAUCCUGCCCCUCGGCAUGUCUCAGCUCAGGAGCUGCGGGUGCUUGAGACUUGUUUACAUAGGUGGCGCACUGAGGUCGAAGCUGAUGUUAAAGAGUUACAAGACAGUAUAAACAGCCUUGAUGACAGUGUCAGCAGUAUGUACAGUGAUAUUGAAAUGAAGAAGUUUGCUUAUCGUCUCCAUGCAGUUCUAGUUCACGAAGGUCAGGCCACCCUGGGUCAUUACUGGGCGUAUAUAUAUGACAAACAUAAAAAGGUCUGGUGUAAAUACAAUGAUAUUGCAGUCAUUGAGACUACGUGGGAGGACAUAUUACGUGAGAGCAUGGGAGGAUACCAUAAUGCAAGUGCUUACUGCUUGAUGUACCUGGAUUGCAGUAAGGAGGCAUAUAUUGAAGAUGGUGAGAAAAGUGCUAGCUUGCUCUCACUGGAUUCUCUGCCAGCAGAUCUCAUGGAGUUUGUGAAAGAAGACAACUGCAAGUUUGGAGCAGAGAUUCAAGAGUGGGAUAAAAAGUUAUUAGAAAAGCAAAAUGUUGAUAAUGACUGUACUAUAGUGGCUGAGAAAAAAGCGAGCACUAUAUCAACCCAGACUUUACCAAAACCUGUCCCAAAGCAACCACCCUUAGCCAUGAUACACGCACAAUUAGCCCUCACUGAUACAAUGAAUGUAGUUGAGGGGGUCGUCGAUGAACUCACCAAACGAGAACAAAUGUCAGAUGCAGACCCUAAGUUGGAUGAACUGUUUGUUCAAGCGUGCAAUGAAGAACUAAAAAGAUUACAGGGCCUGUCUACAAGGGCGAAGAAUGAAGUCCCUAAAGAUGACCAGAGACUUGCGCAUCUGAUCGUUUACCUUUUGGCUAAUGGGGUGGGCAAUCCAAUCAUCACCAGAGUCAUCUAUGAACAUUUUACCUAUCUGCAGAUCCUUGCCAAUGAUGAAAAGUGUGCUAGAGUGAAAAGGAAGGCACAGUGCAGCUUAGACACUCAAAUUAAAUCAAAGUUCCAGCCAGAUUCUAAGCAUGAACAGAUGUAUAAGAAACUCCAGGAUGACUAUAAUUUCUUCAGACGCACAGUGCAGUACUUUAUCUUAGGUUUAGACCACUUUCAUAAUGAAAAGUAUGAAGAAUCUCUCAGAUAUUUGCUCAGUGCAAUCCACCUGAACAAGCAGUUGAUGGCCAAUUCAGAUAGGAUGAAAGGCCUUGACUGGAAGCUAUUAUAUUAUUAUAGGAGGCAGAGUCUGCUGCAUAUUCACGAGAUAGCAUCACAACAGUUUGAAUCUGAUGAGAAUAUUGAUGUUUUGACGGUGAUGUGUGACUUGGUGAUCCCUUGCCUAUACCAUCUCAACAAUACACCAUUCAAAGAUGAUGAACAAGCUCUGGAAGAAAUCAGGGAGAAAUGGUGCCAGUUCUUAGGUCUAAGCUUCUCUAGUAAGGAAAAGACAGAAAAGCUUCAAGAUUUUCUACAAAAACUUUUAGAUGCAUCAGAAAAACAUACUGUUGUUAAACUAGCCCCUGUAAACAGACCUCAAGAUAGUAGUGACCUUAUAAACCAAUACAGAAGAGUUAUUAGUGUUUCAAUCAAAAAUGGUGACUACGAAGCUGCCAUGAACAGUAAAUGAUC